AUGGAUCUCGCUAUCUCCAUCUUCCAGCAACAGCAGGCCCAGACCCCUUCGCCCCGUCCCAAGCCUGCACCGACCACCACCUCCAACCACUUUCUCUCCCUGCUCUUCUUCCAUGACUCGACUUCGCUUGCUACCGUCAGUCUCGUUAACCAAGAGCAACUCAAGACCUUCCAGUUCCUCAGGAAAGCCUUCGAGGCUGCCCUCGCUACCUUGCUCAGGGAACGCAGUCGCCACCAACUUGUCAUCCUCUGUCCGACCCAGCAGUCCCUCAUCGGUCUCAACACCAUCUCUGGUCUGGAAUGGGAGUGGGGAGGAAUCGACGAAGAGUUCAUAAUGAGCCAUCUUGUCCGCGUUGCAGAGAGAGACCAUCCGGUGUCAAAGGGACUGUCAGUGACGACUCUGAAUGGGCGAUCCUUGAUCCUAACGGACACUACAGUGACAACGGCAAAGGGAUUCAAACUCCUUCGACAGGCGCGACUCGUCUCGGAAAAGAUAUUUUACGACAACGAGGGACGAGGCUGGAUUGUUCAAUUCAUCGAUCGACCCCUGGUCGGACUCUCGCAGGAAGGGCAAGGCUCAAGUUCUGCCCCAGGGUCACCAGGGUUCAAUAAGAACGACAUCCAACGGCCCAUCAACUCCCCACCUAUCAAUCAACUACAAGUGGCUGACAGGCAGGAAAGCACCAGAGCCAGUCGUAGGAACAGACAACGGUCAGGACACUUUUAUACCACAGCACCAUAUCGGGAGACACGGCGGAAAAGCAAGGCUUGGCCAUUGCUCACGCUGCAACUAAUACUGCAGCGGUUCCCAGGAGUCUUUCAGAACCUGGAGAAGCUCAUUAUGGACUUUAACGACGCGAUCAUGACACAGGGCAGUCUGGAAGAGAUUCAUUCGGCAGUCGAUCGCUUACUUGCCGACAGUGUCGACUUGCUGAACCAAGUGGACCCAAAAGUCCUCUCGGCAUUGCUGGACGAAUACGGAGUAACUGUCGAUAUUCUCGACAAGCUCCUGGAGAACUACAUUAUGAACUCAACAUACGACAUUGUCUUUUUCAAGAUCACCUCACACCUGAAGCAGCAAGACUGGGAGCUGGCAGAGGCAAUACGGGAACUGCGGAAUCUAGAUCUUGGACAGGUGGGUUUGCCAGAUACGCCCCAGCACUUUCAGAGCGUCGUGUCUGCGCUCAACGAGUUCCAGUCCAUUGGGGUUUUGCGCACUCCCGAGGAGAAGCUGGCUUGUCUAGUCCAAACCAUCCGUGUCACCAGUACUUUGUCCGGUGGAGCAGAUGACCUCAUCCCCAUACUGCUCCUCACUGUUCUUCGGUCAGGAAUCAGCAACCUUCCGUCCAACCUCUACUAUAUGAAGAAUUUUGUCCUCUUCGGAGACGCCAGUCGAGGCGAAUACGGAUACUCUCUUUCGACUUUGGAGGCCGUCUCACGAUACAUUCUCACGCACGUCAAGCAGCUCUCGCCACUGUCUGCCAGGAAUCAGGAAUACUGGGAAACGAUUUGCCGAGGCGAUAUUGAGGGCAUCAGGACCAUCUACAGCCAAACACCAGACACAUCCAACAUCCAGCCAGAACGACCGACACCCAGCAGACGAGUGUCGACAGUCAGUCUGGAGAAUGGGAGCGACAUGUCCAUAGAUGCCACCCUUCACAUCUCCCUUGCGGCAUCGCCAAUGCAGAGUCGAGAUGCUGAAGGCAACAAUGGACUUCUUUUGGCCUGCAAGUCGCAGCAAGUGGAUAUGCUUCGGUAUCUGCUGCAGGAACAAGGGAGCUCGAUUGUUGUAGCCAACUACGAAAGCAAGACACCGCUUAUGAUGGCCGUCGAACUAGAGAAUGUCGAGUUGACUCGUGUUAUCUUGGAAACUCUGGCCCUACAGGACAAGGAAGCGAUCAAUCGACAAGAUGUCCUCGGGAAUACCACUAUGCAUAUGGCUGCCGCGAAGGAUAACUUGGCACUCUUGAAGGAGCUCUUGUCAGUCGGUCCAAACCUCGGCCUACCCAACAACGACGGCGACACACCUCUCAUCAUUGCUUCAAAACUGAGUGAGAGGAGUGAUCAUUAUCGCAGCUCUGUGCUCCUUCUCUCGUCCAAUAUGAAGUCAGAGGAACUGGAUCGGCAGAACAACCGCGGCGAUACGGCGAUACAUUUUAUUACCGACACAACGCUCAUCAACCAUUUGGUCCAGUGCGGAGCGAACCCUGAGGUCGACAACUAUGCUGGCUGGACACCUCUACUGAAAUGGGCGCUGCACGACAAUGCCGCGGUGGUCAAAUGCUUGCUUGAGACGGGACGGGUCAAUGUCUUGAUGGUGGAUUCUCGAGGAUAUUCGCCACUCCAUAUGGCUUGCCUUCGUGGAAACCUCGAUAUGGUUCAAAUGCUGCAGGCGCACACGCCGAUCGAUCUCCAGUCGGUCAUUGACGGAAGCACGCCGCUCCAGUUGGCAUGUCAGUCGAAUUCGGCCUCUGUGGUCGAGUUUUUACUGCAGAGUGGCGCGAACCCGGAGCUCCGAGAAUGGUCGAACGAAUCACCUGCCGAUAUGACGACCGACAAUGCUAUCCUGGACAUGCUGGAUAAUGCCUUGUUAUUCUGGGAGAGCAGGCAAGGACACGGAGUAGACGUCGUCAAGGCGCCGACCAACUCGACCCAGGAGAAGGCCACGUCAAGUAACGAGAAGGCUGACUCGAAGUCAGUGGCGAAGCGACUCAUCCGUGUCGUCCGUGGAGCUGUGGAACAGGACGGCAAGAUCCGAUACAUUGUCAAAAGCGGCUCUAACUUGCUGGUCGAGUGCCCUGACGCCUGCAUUCCGUCUCUAGAAGGGUUCUUUUCGCCGUUUCUGUUGUCACCCAGCCGUCCAUCCAAGACAGUCCUGGCUAUCUCUGCUCGCAGGCUGGACAUGUUUUUGAACUACUUGUCGGAUCACCCUGUUCUUGCGAACCAUGAGUUGGUCUGGGAAUUUAUGCUCAUGCCAGAACUGCAGCGAGAGAUGAUUGCAGAGAGAUCGCAGUGCAAGCAGGAAAACUCUUUCGACAGCAUCUUUGACAACUACCCGUCCGUUGUUGAGAAUCUAGAGCAUGAAGAGACAUACUUCAAGUUUUUGAGCGAGGAGAUUGUCAAACUUGACAAGGCAGUUCACGACGUCUGGGUCUGUUCUCGAAAGCUGAAUCGCAGCGCUCAAGAUGUGCCUCAGGAACUGGAUAUACUAUCGACUAUGCUGGACCGAGCUGAUCAGAUCAACUUUGACAACAAGGAUGAAUACGUGCUGGCGUUAAAGUCGAUUGCAGCGACUCAAACUACAAUGUACACCUCUGACAUUGAGUCGCUGGGAAACCUCUUUGAAGAUUUCUCUUUUGUCAUCGAGGGUACUCUGAGGGCAUUGCAGCAUCCGCAAGAGAUUAUCAACUCUAUCCGGCAACUACGAGCAUCGGCCGUCAAGUCUGAGCAAUCUAUGCGACGAAGCGACAUGUGGUGGUCAGGUCUAUCGUCGAUUGGAGAAGGAGCUAUGACAGCGAUCGGCGGAGCAGGAGCGGCGUUGGGAGCGGUUGGUAAUGCAGCAACCUCAACAUUUGAGGCCGUCUCUGGAACGAUUGCGUCUGGCGGUAUUGGACAUUCUCAACACGCGCGGUCAGCCUCUGAGGGUGUCGCCAGUAAACGACCGUCAAUCACAGGUGGGAGACGAGCCCUCUCUCCUCAGCCCAUAUCAAGAAUCGUUCGGAUGCCGACCACCCCACCCUCUAGUCCUGCUAACGAGUCAACACUGGUGGUGAGGCUGCCGUCGACCCCUUCACAGAGCAGUAGUACUACCACAUUGACGCCGGUUCGACCUCGAUCUCGCCAGUUCCAGGAUCUAAACGCAAGAAACUUGUCUUCAUCGUCAUUGCUGACAACCCCGUUCACCUCUAUUGCAGCUGUUGCUUCGGCUGCCGUUGGUCAAGUGCCGCUGGAAGAGAUUCAAGACAAGAUUGGAAAAGCGUCGAGUUUAUUGAACAGUCUUCGCGGUUCGCUCUUUGAGGAACUCGCGCAUCUUCAAAAUCACCAUACCAAGGAACUGGAACGAUCGAUGCGCGACUUUGGGGCACGGCAACUGCAGAUUGAAAAGAGUCGGCUGCGUGACAUGAUGGAGAUCCUUGACGAGCUUCGAGUGGAAACGGCAGCCAACGCAACAACACCGGCGUCAGUCUCUGGAUUGGGAUCUUUGAUGCUUGCAGGAUCCACAAGAGAUGUAACUUUGGGACACGGUAGCCGAGGCGUCAGUCGGCAGCCAUCUUCGAAUGCUUUGGGUCAAAUUGCAGGUGAACUUUUGCAAGACGGAUCAUCAGGACUGUUUGGCGAUCAUGAAUACGACGAAAAGGCAGAGGCCCGACUAAUGCAGCAGCGUCAAGCCGAUAAGAGUCUCCAACGCAGUCGCUCUCUUUCGGCUCAUUCAGGACAUGGGAGUCCUAGUGAGUCAAACAGAGAAGCAGCCCUUGGCCAACACACUGCCAGUGAUGAGAGCUUUUACGGUCGUUGCGGUUCCGAUGAUUCGGGUUAUGAUCCGGAGGACGAUUUGGACGAUUUGGACGAUUUGGACGAUUUGGACGAUUUGGACGAUAUGGAUGAUUCGGAUAACUCGGAUGAUUAG